AUGGCCAUCCGCGUUACAAGCAUCCUCAUAGCGGUUCUCUGCCUUGCCACAGCUGCCUCCAGCUCCUCCAUUCCUCGAAACUUCACCGCUUUUCACCGUGACGGACCGCGUCGCGCUCUCCUGCAGAUCCCCGCGUUCGACCCCGCUGCAGCCCUGGGCGCAGCAGUAGGAGCCAUGGCCGGCGCCGUCCAAUCAGCAGCCGCCACGUUGGCCAGCACCAUCGCACAAGCUCCUGGCGGGCUCCUAUUCGACGACGCGUCGAAAAUCUGCCUCGAUUUCGGCCCUCUCCCCGCCUGCGACUUCUAUUUCGAUCUGCUCGGUCCGCUCGGGCUGCCCUCGCUGCGCUUCCCCGUCGUCUCCGGCGGCGCGCUCGUGCUCUCCCAGCAGAACGGCGAUCGCCCCAUGAGCCUCGCCAUCGCCACCGGCGUUUCGCCUGACGCUGGCGAAUUCCUUGGCGAUAAGAAGGCGAAGAAGGGUGGUUACCAGGUGGAGAUUGAUGCGACGGGCCCGGCGAAGUACUGCAAGUGUGAGGCGGCGAAGCUGGCGAAAACAGUGGCGCAUGCUGGCGAUCAGUUCUACGCCACUGGACAGCCGGCCAAGGUGUAUGCGCGCACGUUUCAGAAGAACCUGCCAGCGUCGGCCUUCAAGGGGUGCUGUGUGCGCCUGCCACUCACCAGCGUGCAGCUCAAGGCACCCAAUGGUGACGUCAUCAACCUCAACAAGGGUGACGGCAACAAGCAGUUCCCUGAGCCCCGCCGCUGCCUUCUCUUCCACGUGCUCACUGUGUGA